GUUGACGAGGAAGAGAGCCGGGGUGCAUGAGUGUUAAAACAUGGCCGCUGUGCACUCACUCGAAUCACAGGUUAAGCAGGGUAUUUGUAGCGAGAAACUGGAAGAACCUGGGGUGAUGACAGACCAGUGUGAACCUGAAAGUACAUGUGAAUGGGCUAACAAAAGUGAAAGCGUAACUUUCGAGAAUUCGUUUAAUAACCGAGAAUGCGGUACAAGUGGCGAUGGGUUUGCAGGACAGAAUGAACCUCUUAGCAAUGCUACAGCUGGGGCUGAUGUUGUGAGAAAAGAUAGUUCAGUGGUCGAUCUAACAUGUGAUUAUGAAAAGGUUAACAACAUAGACUUAUCCUCGAAAAAACUGCGUUUGGAUUGGUCUGAAACGGAGGAUGAUGCGGGGGAUGCACGGGAGUACUCGAAAGAGAAUGGAAUAGACAUACGUAAGGAUAACAUGGAAAAAGCACUUGAAAGUGAGGAUGUUUCAAAAGCAAAGGACCGCGGUAAAGACACAUUAGAUUCUGAUGAAGACAUAAGUCCAGUGGAGGUAUUGUGUGAUGAAGUAAAUGACAGAAGAGAGGAGAAGAUGGAACAUGGAAGGACAGGAUCGGGAGAAGAGAAAACGGUUCAGACAAGAAAGAAAAGGCUUGUAUGCAAAGAGUGUGGAAAGAUAUUCACACGUCGGGAGACUUUUAACCUGCACCGCCACUUCCACACCCAUGAGGGUGAGCUGGCCUCUCUCACCUGCAAGGAGUGUGGCCUUAGCUUUCAGCAUCGCAGCACCCUCAUAAAACACCGGAGCGAACAUAAAGAAAAGGAGCAGGCCACAAACCAAAAACCAAGGGGGAUUCAACUCAUGACUUAUCCGCGUGAGCGCUGUAAAAUGACCUUCUCUGCACCGGCCAAGUUGAACCAGCGUGUCUGCAACAGUGUUCCAGAGAAGCCUUACCGCUGCCCUUUGUGCCGCAAAGAGUUUUUCUUUAAGUGCUCCAUGACGAAGCACAUACAGUCCCAUUCACUGGAUGUCGUCUUCCACUGCCAGGAAUGUAACAAGGGCUUCUCGAAUGGCAUUGCACUGCGGUGCCACCAGCGCUGCCACUCUGCCCUCAAGCCCUACGAGUGUCCGGACUGUGGCAUGGUAUUUAGACACUACUCCGUCAUGGAAGACCACCGGCGAAAGCACAAACAGCCCACCCGGCCCCACCAGUGCCACAUCUGCAGCAAGACUUUCAAGUAUGGCAGCCUCUUGCACCAGCAUCAAUAUUUACACACAGGCCAGAAGCCUUUCCGUUGCCAAGACUGUGGGAAAACGUUUGCAUUCGCCCAGAACUUGAAGGCUCACUGCCGCCAGCAUAAGCGCUGCCCUUAUGCCUGCCCAAUCUGUCCCCUCUCUUUCCCGGACCAGGAAAGUUUACAAACUCAUGUGACCAGUCACAGUAAAGUCAGAGGGCCAGACAAGGAGAAUAACAACCAAGACGCGGAGCCAAAACGCAUAUUUAACUGUCCCCUCUGCCCGCAGACGUAUGUCAAGCCUGCAGACCUUCGUGGUCACAUGCUCAUCCAUGAGGCUGAGUAUGAGAAACUAGAGAACGGAGUCAACAAGAACUGGGAGAAUGCGUACACUUGCCCCCACUGUCCUCUCACUUUCCCUGACCAGUCGAGUUUGUGCACCCACCUGUCGACCCACGGGCCUCCUCCAUACGGCGUCAGGACUGUGCGGAGGGAGCUCGAGAUCAUGAGAGGUAUUCCACUUCAGAGUGGUGUUGCGUCAGAGAAACGGAAGGGGGAGGACAUGAGUAGUAAGCCAUUAAAGUGUCCAGACUGUGGCAAGGCAUUCCGUCACCGCUCAGUGUUAGAACUGCACAUGCGUAUUCAUUCCAAGGAUAAGCCUUACCAGUGUAAUGUGUGUCACAAGUCCUUCAGAUUUAAUAAUUACCUGCAGCAGCACCUCAUUAUCCACACAGGUGAGAAGCCAUACAAGUGUCCCGAUUGUGGAAAAGACUUUGCCUUUCUCCAAAACAUGAGGACUCACCUAAAGCUGCAUCAGCAGAAACCAUUUCGGUGCACUCAGUGCCGUAAAGGCUACAGUGACGAGAGCCAGCUGCAGCGCCACAUGCUGUCACACAACGGUGACAAACCCCACAAGUGCCAACUUUGUGACAAGAGCUUCGGGAUAGCGUACCUAUUGCGUGACCACAUGAACACCCACACAGGUGAAAGACCCCAUCGCUGCCAGGACUGUCACAAGUCAUUUCCUUGGCUUAGUAGCCUUCUGGUGCAUCAGAAAAUCCAUACACGUAAGCACCAGAGCCAAAGCUAUCCUCACUCUUUCCCAUUAGGUAUUAGAAUUAGAAGCAGAGGGCGGAGGGGACCAAAAUUCUGGCCCAAAAUGGCGGGCGGGUCGACUAUGGUUGUUCCCCCAAACUAUUCUCCCUAUCAAGUUCCAAUGUCUAGAGGUGCUGAGUGGGAGAGAAAGUCAGCCCAGCCACAGGUAGCCAAGAUGUCCACCCAGGUGGAUAUACCAGGCCAGCAGCUGCAAGAGCAGUGGAUGCCUCAAGAGGAGCCACCGCCUGUGCAGUGGCAGGUGGAAGGCGGGCAGUUGAAGCCUGUAUCAAUGCCUCAGCUACUUAGAUCACCCCAACAGCAGCCCCAACAAAGGCCGUCAGGUAGCCCGUCUCAGCCAGCCCCACAGCAGAGGAGUCCCGGAUGGGCGGUCACCACCUCGUCACAGCCUGGCCCAAGUUCAGCUCUUGAGCCUCGUCACCUACGAGAUGGUGGAACCACAGAGUUUGGGACCAAACCCCUCACGGCAACUUUGCCAAAGUACCCCAACUUUUCAGACCUGAGUGAGGCGGAGCGUCAGAGACAUCCCCAGGCCGUGGGUUGGGGUAGCACACCCACAGCUGUACAGUUAGCCCCCUCAUCUCAGCAUAGCUUUUCGGUCAACACCGGUUUACCGGAAGUCGCAGCACUUUGGAGUGUGAGGCCCUCUCCGGUUGUAUCCACUUCUCAGAGCUCACCAAGAAAGCUUUGUGAGGAAGCUCAACAGUCAGGAUGGCCGGGUGUCCUGGUGUCGCCACAAAAUAGUGGGAGUGAGUUAUGCAUGCCUCCUAUAAAAGCUGACACGAGAGUAUGGAAUCUUGGUGCCCCUCAGGCUUUGCCACAGACAGUUAAGCAGUCAGAGAUUCCUUGGAAUGUACUGGAGCGCCAGAGUCAUUGGUCUUCAGGUUUAGCCACCUCAGCUCAAAUGGGCCAAAACACAAUUUUGUCAAAUUCAACGCCAUCAUCUCCAGGGAUGGGAAACAUCUUGAAUUCACUGGGAAUUUCAAAGACUUUAAGCUCCCCUGAAAAGACAAGCACUAGUCAAGGGCUGCAGUCACAGCAAAAGCAACUUCCCUUCGGCUGGACCAAUGUACCAACGUCCUCACACAAGGUUCCUCUCCCACUUCAGUAUGACCUGCACCGUUUUCCGCACGGGGUAGGACCAGUAUGGGGUUUCCAAAACACUCCAGUUGGCCCUCAGAUCCUGCAUGCAGGAACAGUCAAGCCAAGGGAUGGACAGCAGCAGCCAAUGAUCACAGGCACAGGCAUCAUCAUAAAUCAGACCUCCCCUUUUCUGUCUCCUCCACUUGCUCGGUUUCCACCUUUCGCUUUACCCACCCCUCACCCCCUUCACUCUGUAGCAGUCGGUUCCCUAUCCAGACCUCCGCACCCAAACAUUUUUUUUACGCCACAGGCGAUCAUGAGUGAGAGACCGCAUAUUCCACAGGCACUGCAGCUACCUCAGCUAGCCCCACAGACAGAACCUCAUAAAAUUGGGGGUUGUGUGCCUUUUGCUCCAGACAGGCUUCUCCAAUGCAUGAUCUGUGGCUAUUCUCUUCCUCGGGAGCUCGAUUUGCAAAUGCACUACCUGCAGCAUGCACAGGGAGAGAUAUGACAGCAAGGACUGAAUAGUUGCUACUGUACAGACUAGUGUUUUGGAGGAAAAAAUAUGAAAAGUUUUCAUGUAACAUUGUGUAUGCUGUUUUAGCCUAGACGUAAUUUACCCUGGUUUCACUUUGGUUCAAAGGUUUAUUUGGUUUUAUUGGAAAAUGAUAGGUGUAAUUUUUUAUUUUUUUAACUUCAUGUAUUUGUGUUACUUUCUAAGUAUUUUGGUUUUAUUGGAUUUUGCAUUCCCUACCAUUAUUCAUACUAGACAAGUUUGAGUGUUGGGUACUUGGGAACCCUGGUGCAUUUGUGUGUUGUACUCAAGUCUGCAUGUUUCUGGUCCUUGAUAAUGUCCAGUGUCUUGUAAUUCACAAGUUGUUAAGAGAGCAUUUAUUUUUCAUACUUACUUACAGGUUGAAAAUGAAUACUAUUUGUGUUGAAUGGCUAUGAUUACUGUUGACUGUACCAUAUAAAACAUUUUAUCCAAACUUGCUUUGGUCAGGUUAUAUCUAGGUUCAAAUUGAUUUAAAAAACAGGCCUGAAAGUGUUGGUCCUUUUUACUAAUAUUAUCCACAUCUGUGACAGGAGAAAGCUAGAGGUUGUUAUCCUCAGUCAUGGUGUC